UUCUUUUUACGCUUUCGCUCAACUUACUACCUUUCUUUCCUCUCUCUUUAUCUCUUUCUUUAUCUCUAUCUUCUUCAUAAUAGAAUUUUAGUCUUCCUUUUCCCUUUCUCUUUUACCACUAGUAUAUUCUUAAUGUUUUUCUAAUCCACCAAUUCUUUCUCACCAAGGCGAUAACAACAAAACAACAACAACAAUAAUAAUAAUAAUAAUACUAAAAUGAGUGCUGUCAAUAUCAGGGACGACACUUACACGAGCAACAAAAACAACAACAACAAGUACAACAGUAGAAAAAACACGAGUAAUAGCAGCAUCAAUUGUAACAGCAAUAAUAACACCAAUCAGAACAUUAGUAAUAUCGAUAGUAAUAGUAAUAGUAAUAGUAAUAGUAAUAGUAAUAGUAAUAGUGCCAGCAGCAGCAGCAGCAACAGCAACAGUAGCAGAUUCUUUUCUUCAAGAACGCGGCGACUCCCAGGAAUGUCUUCUUUCUCGCGCCUCACUUUAAUUCCCAUACUUUUCACUCUCUUCUCCUUUCCCAUCGUUCAUGCAUCCAUCAACUGUCAAUCGCCCACAGGUGGGAUCUAUCAGCCUGGAGAUUCCCUAACUUUCCAAUGGUCCGAUAAUGGGAUCUGGCCAAAAGCCAAGGAUGUAUAUUCUGCAAGUGCAACCCUCUACUGUUCCAGCAACUCGAAACAGGCCCUUUUGGAGGUUCCCUCCAUCACCAAUGGUCAACCUUGGACCAUCCCUCCUUCGAUCUUGAAUGGUUGUUCAGGUCGUCAGAUCCGAGUGGAAUACUCGGGUGUGGUCUGGGAUAUCCUUCAUUUAACUCAUCUCUUGAGCUUCUCGGCCGAAUGUGGAGAUUUAACUAUCACCAUUCCUUCGACCACCAUCAUCCCUACUGCUACAACCACUAUCCCAAUAACCUCUAUUACGAUCACAACAAAGCCAUCCAUGUCAACAACAACAACCGGUAUCCUUACUUUGACAAGUGUCUCUACAUCGACCGCUUCAAGACCUUCUUCAUCUUUGACAGCAUCGACAGAUCCAUCGGUCCCCACAGGACCUUCUCCCGAUCAAGAUGGAACACAUACAACCAAUACACCUUCCGGUGUCAAUAUCAUGGCAGCCAUCUUGGGCACCUUUGCUGGUUUGAUCAUUGUGGCCCUCAUCAUCUAUGGUUUGAACGUGGCUCGGAAACGGAAACAACUUUCAUUAGAAAGACAGUGGUUGACAAAGGAGAGAUCAAAUUAUGCUGCUGCUGUUGCUGCUGCCAGCGGUAGUGGCGGUAGCUCAGGUAGUGGUAGUGGUGGUGGUGGUGGUGGUGGUGGUGCUGCUGCUGCUGUUGGAUCAUCUUCCACCAUGGGUCGUGGUUCACGUUCUGGUAUAACAGCAAGUGCGAAUGGUAGUGGAGGUGGUCGUGGUUCUGGUUAUUAUUAUCCAAACGCUUCAAGACCAAGCUUGGAAUUUGAUCCGCUUCAUCCAAACAUGGUCAAUAAUUAUCCCUAUAAUGCUGCAACCGUCGUUGCUCCUGCUGCACUACCACCAUUACCACUACCAUUAGGACAUGAAGAGUACAUGAAUGGCCCAUCGAUGACAGAAGUGGGUGAUGGGACUAUAAUGGCCGCAACGGCCAUGGGGACAUUUCCUCAUCCUCGUCAUCACGAUCUUCCUCGUCCCAUCAUCCCCAUAUCCUCCUCAGACCAACAAUAUUAUCGACAUGAUUAUGACGAAGGAAGAUCUUUGCCUGCGGACGGACGCGGACAGGAAUUUGAUUAUAAUUAUAACUAUGAUUAUGGAGCCUCAGCUGGUGAUAGCGGCCAUGGCAGAGAUGAUGGAAUGAUAUCGACAGCAGGUGCUGGAGGAGGAUACCUUCGUGGUGCUAUUGAUCCAUCUAGUCAUUAUUAUAGCCGUAACCCCAUUAACGAUAACAACAACAACAACAACAACAACCACGAUCCCAACCAAGGUUAUUCACUCGAUCCAGAAGUGAGCUAUCGUGAUCCUUCUCAGAAAAACACGAUCACUAGUCAUGAUCAUGGCCAUUCAUCUUCCUCUAUAAUCUCAAAAGCCACAACCGCUACAACUGCUGCUACCACCACUGCUCAUGAGCAAGAUGAUGAUCAAGUUCAGCUCCACAAGUUCCCUGUGGCGACUCCUCAGCCGUCUGAUCGAGAUUAUUACAAUCGCCUUCAAAGCGUAGAGUUGCCGCCUUUACCUCUCCCUCCAACAAUGACCACGAUAGCAAAAAAUCGGUCGGACGCCGCUGACAGAGGUUCAAAUCGCCCGUGACGCACGCAAUAUCCGUGGUAAAAUUAUGUCAACAAAAAAAGCAUGUAGAUUCUUCUAGUACUCCAACUAGGCUACGAGCCAGUCCCAUUCACUGUCGAAAGUAGGUCCUAAC